AGUGUUUAGCUUGGCCGCGGUUUGUAAUGUUUGCUACUACUUUUCAUGUCGUCAGUUGUUUAAUAUAUAUAAUUGCAUUAUAGAUUUUCAUACCUCACUCCAUCACUCAAAAUCUUUCCUGUUUUACCAAAGCUCGAACUUUGACCUGGAUGUGCGGUCAAGUUUGUAUCAAUCCGCCGUUUUAGAAAAGCGAUUUUGUCACGUACAAGAAAGUUAAGUAUUUGGCAAAAAUCUGCCCACCAUGGACCAAAGAUUUAAGUAUGGAUGUCCGUUAUCGUGACGGCCUUGUUGGUAAAAAAUGUUUAUGUAUCAAACUGGUUAAGGAAGCAAAGUCAACCAACAUAUCGAGUUGGAAUUGGCUUACAGGAGUCGUUCGUACCUGCUCAACCAAAGACAACAACGAUCCUGAUUUAUCGAAUUUUGAAGCAGUGGUGGACAACGUGGGAUUUACUCGGCAGACGUCUGUGUGUCAACCAGUGCAGUCUCUGUUUGAUCAUAGUCUCCAGUUCGUGGCAGCUGAUGAUAUUCAGCCUCACUCUGAGCAGCUGAGUGCACAGUGCGAUUGUAAGGCAGAACUCGCGUGCUGGUUUGAGUACCAGGACGGACAGCGCCUCUUGGUGGAGAGUCCGGAGAAGGUAGUUGGACACCGUGUGCGCGUUUACCGGCCGGAUGGACAAACGCAGUGGUGGUACACAGCCGUCGUAGAGAAGUGUGAUCAAAACACAGGGGAGUUAUUUCUCACUGACGAUACAGUGUUAGAGGAGCAUUGUGAAGAUCCAUCCCUCCUGGAGACGAUCAUACUCGGUGACAAAGUGGUGGAAGCUAUCUUGAAGGGCAAACCUGUUGGCCCCAGUCGACGAAACAAGGCUCGCCGAUUUGACAAAGACUUUUUUUACGAUACUGUGAGGCCAUUACCAAGGAUACAGCAAGUAAACUCACAAAAGGCUGACCUCCGCUGCCAUUUGCUGUCAGCUAAGCGACUCACGUUUUUUAUAUGUCCAGCACGUUCCACUGCGGCAGAAAAGCCAAAGGCGGUCGAGAAGCGUGAGAGCGGGGGACAGUCUAACUCGCGUCGCACCCGCUCGGCUACGCUGAGCGGUGAGCCCGACAGCGCUCACACCGACGCCCCCACCGUCCUUCCGGGGGCCGCGCGUCGAGGCAGGCCCGCGAAGAGGAGGAGGAGUACUUCGGCGAUCGCGGAUUCGAACGCGGCAUCGUCUCGCGGCGACCGGCCGGCGACGCGUCCCUCACGCGCUCCCGGGUCAGCGGCGAAGCGAGGAGCGGACGCGCGUGGCUCGCAGACGAGACGGAGCGUCGACGGAGCGGCUUCCCCGGCGAAACAGAAACCCGGCGGUGACAGCGACUCGUCCGUGCGGAAGACAUCGGACAGGAGUGGUUCACCGGCGAAGAAGGCCUCCAACCGUGGCGUUUUCCCAGUGAAGAAGAACUCGGAUAGGAGCAGUUCGCCAGUAAAGGGAAGCUUGAACCCUGGCAGUGCACCAGUGAAGAAGAACUUGGAGAGGGACAUAUUGCCAGUAAACAGAGACUCUAACCCUGGCAGUUUACCAGUGAAGAAGAAUUCAGGUAGAGGCAGUUCACCAGAAAAGAGGGGCUCAAAUCCUAACAGUUUGCCAGUGAAGAAGAGGUCUGACAGGGGUGGUUCACCAGUUAAGAGGGGCUCUAACCCUAUCAGUUUACCAGUAAAAAAGAGAUCUGAUAGGGACAAUUUGGUUAAAAAACAACCUGACAGGGGAAGUUUAUCUGUGAAACAGAGUUCCAGGAUCCGGGAUAAUUCUCCUGUGAAACAGAAAGCUAAGAGGGUCACCUCCCUAGUGAAGCAAGAAGCGGAGAAGGUCACCUUCUCAGUGAAACAGAGGUCUGUCAGGGGCAGGCCGGCAGUGAAACGACCGUCUAGCAGCGGCGAAACUUCGACGCCGAGGAGCACCGACGGGGGCAAUCCGGCCGCGGACGAUCGCUCGACUCGCGGCCGCCGUAGCGACUCGCAGAAACCCGUGCGGACGACGGCGACAGACGCGGUUGCCGCGGCGACGACCAACGGCGAACGUCCGAUCGCAGUCGACGUCGGUUCGCGAUCGACGCAGCGGACGGCGGCGCCACCUGCAGCGGAGAACUCGCGGCGGGGAACGUGCCGCAGCGGCGACGGGGAGCUCGCCGAGAACAACCUUGAGUACUUCGCCUCUCUGUGCGCGUCGCUCGACAGGGACGCCGCGACGACGACAGAUCUCCGCGGCGACGCAGCAGCAUCUCGCCUCGCCGGUGGAGGAGGAGGAGGAGGCGGAACGACGUCGGUUACGAUGAGCGAGCGCGUGACGCCUAGCGAGCGCGUGAGCAGCGUGGAUGCUGAGCGCAGCAUCCCGGUCAAGAAGCGCAGGAGCCGACAGGGCGCGCCGCUGGUGCAGAGAGAUGCUCAGCCCGCGGUGGCACAGCCCGCGCCUGCAAGCGUCUACGGCGGCGGUGGUAGUCUGUACGGUGCGAACACGGCGACAGCAACAGACGAACCGACGAUGCAUCAUCAGGUGGAGCUGCAGCAGCAGACGUACAGCUCUGCUAUGGUGCAGGAGCAGAAUGCUGCAAUGGCGCAACAGCUGCAGCAGAACAGUGCAGUGGCUCAGCAACAGAAUGCCGCGAUGGUACAGCAGCAGCAGAACAAUGUGAUGGUGCAGCAGCAACAGCAGCAGCAGAACAAUGCGAUAGUGCAGCAGCUGAAUGCAGCCAUUGUGCAACAGCAGCAAAACAAUGCAGUGCCACAGCAAAACAAUCCGAUGCAGCAGCAGAACACUGCGAGAGUACAUCAGCAGCAGAACACUCCAUUGGUGCAACAGCAACAGAAUACUGCGAUGGUGCAACAGAACGCCGCAAUGCACUAUCGGAGUUCCGUGAGCGCCGGUCAGCCGUCGGCUAUCGUACAGUUGCUCGUGCAAUCGCAGAAGCAUCAGCAGCACAGCCCGCCGCUGCACGUGCAGCAAGUGAUUCAGAGCUGGCAGCAUCAUCAGCAACCACAAUCACCACAACAACAACAACAACAGCAACCUCAACCUCAGCAACAACAACAACAGCAGCAACAACAGCUACAACAACAACAACAACAACAACAACAACAGCAGCAGCAGCAGCAGCAGCAGCAGCACAGCCCAGUUGUAUCUAUGCAGCAGUCGCAUCCAGUUCUCAGCUGGCAACAGCAGCAACAACAGCAGCAACAACAGCAGCAGUGGCAGCAGCAGCAGCAGCAGCAACAGCAGCAGCAGAAACUAUGGGAGUUGCAUCAGCAGCAGCAGCAGCAGCAGCGACAGCAGGCCAACGCCGGCCACCUAGAUGCGCUGCACUCCCCCGGAGCAGCAACACAGCUGCAGCACCGCUCGCUGUGGGAGAGCGUGGGAGCGUCGCAGCCCCCCGCCACCACGCAGCAGGUCUCGCCGAUGCAGGCUAUGAAGUCGGCCUACCAGGAGCCCUACCAGCAGCUCAUUCCGGCGUCGACCCAACUGCUUGCACAGCAGCAGCAGUCACGGAUCCACAACGCCGGAUCGGGGCAUUACCAGGUUGCCUCGGCCGCGGCGAAACUCGACGGCGGCACAUUUGCCGGCGGCACGGCGACGACGACGACGACCCGCGCUGGAUACGACCCGGGCUACCCUUCUCCGCCGGCGCCCUCCCCGCGGCAGUUUCCCGAGGUCGCGUCGCCCGUGCAGGGAGCCGGAGGCGGUGGAGGAGGAGGAGGAGGAGGAGGAGGAGGAGGAGGAGGAGGAGGACAGAUGCGGGCGAGCAUCCAGGACGUCAUCUCGUCCGCUGUCACGCAAGAGGUGCGCGGCUCGAACAAGGCGCCCCCUGGCGGUGGCGGAUACGUCGCGAGGCAGUCGUACGGCGUGCAGACGAUGACGACGACGAGCCGCGUCGGUGCAUGGGGCGGCGGCGGCGGCGGCGACCAUUACGCCGUGGGGGACGGUGAGGGCUUCUCAUCCCGGGACGCUCAUGCGGGCUGCACCUCGGUGAAUGGCAGCCCGCAGGCGGCCGACGCGCGCUACUACCCGCCGGGCGGUCCCGCACCCACCCGCCAGAGCGCGCCGCCCGACGCCGCGUCGCCGCGUCUGCCCGGCGGCACGGGGUCAAAGGUCACGCCCGAGCUGCUCUACGAGCUGUACGACGGGCGGCACAUGGCGGCGGCGGGGACAGAGGGCGCCACCGUGUCGUCGCACCGACUCGUCAACGCGGUGCGACGCGACAUGACCGUGAUCAUGCGAGCGGCCGACCCCGUUGCCGCGACGACGAUGCCGACGCUCCCGCCGGCGAAUCACAGGCCGCCGCCGCCGUUGCCAGCGCGCGAGGGGCUUGGGCACCGGCUGGCCGAGGGCCGCGAGGACGGGCGCUCGCCGCCAGGGGGCGCCUGCGAGAAGCGGCGGACGGAUGACGGCACGGCGCGGGCGCCGAAGAGGCAGCGCGCGGAGGGAGAGCGCGAGCGCGUGAUGACGAAUCUAUCGUCGCCGCCGCCAACGCAACCUGACUACAUCAACAGCUUCCUGUCGUUUGUCACCAAGGAGCACAAACCGGCGGCGCCCCCUACGUCCGCCGCCGCCAUUGCCGCCGCGGAGGAAGAGUACCGUGCCAAGUACCACUCGUACGUCGGGCGACCGAGUGUGAACGGAGAGGGGGCGCCACUGCCCGGGUUCCCGGUCGUGAGCGACGACCGGCUUGACCUGCGGCCGGCCGCCGUCAAGCUGACGCGCGUCGCCGUCGACGACGCCGCCGCUGCUGCGGGGGCGCCACCAUGGCGUGACACGUCCGACGUCGCUCCACAACCCGGAUACGCCACCGCGGCGUCGGCCGGGCAGCAGCGGGAGUUCCUCCAACAGGGGGCGCCGCCGCGGCAGGAAGCUGCCGACGGCGAACUUCGCGACUGCUUCGUCGACUGCUCCUACAUCUCGCCGACGAAACUUGCGCAGGAGGCGCCACCGCUGCCGGCAGCAGCGGCGCCGCGGCGGCGCGCCAAGAAGCCGCGCCGAGACGGAUGA